UUGCUUGGAGGCAGAGUAUGAGAAGCUGCAAUAAGCCUAAAAUGCUGUAAAAUCAAGUAGGACACAUAUAAAUGUGUUACUGACAUGACAGGGGAGUCAUGGUGGAUACUUGAACGUGGAUUUGCUACAGUUGUACUUCCUAUCAGUCUAUGAAAAGGCAAGGAGCAGCAUACUUAAACUGGCUGGAUUUGGGGCCUUUGAUGGAAUAUGGUGGUGGAAAAUGCCAAUGCCAAGAUGCGAGUUGAUGGAGGUAGUCAAAUUAAGCCAAAGAGAGAUGCCCAGAUCCUAGUGAAUAACCUUAGAAAAAUGAAGUCAGUCUUCCUGUGUUUUGUGAUUGCUGGGAUUCAUGCGCAUACACUUUGCCAACAGAACUCUACCAAUGACAGUCCUGAAAAUUACAACUAUGGAAACCGAAACCAAGUAGGUCCAGCAAAUGAAAAUAUGUUGGGUCAGAAAGUAGGAAGAAGCAUUUGUCAGUUUGCAUUUGACUUUUAUAAGGAGGUUUCUUCUCAGAGAAUCAACAGGAAUGUGUUCUUCUCUCCUAUGAGCAUCUCCACUGCCUUUGCAAUGCUGACACCGGGUGCAAAAUUAGAGACACUGCAACAGAUUCUUAGAGUGCUUCGCUUUAAAGCAAAUGAGAUUGAGGAAAGUGAGCUUCAUGAAGGUUUCCGUCAUCUCAUGCAAAUGCUAAACCGCCAGAGUGCUAACUUCCAGCUGGAUAUGGGGAAUGUCCUGUUUAUGCAAGACCAGCUGAAACUGCAACAGCAAUUUUUAAAGGAGCUAAAAAAUUCUUACAGAGGAGAAGCU